ACGGCGGUGGUUUGUCCUCAGCAACGGCCUCCUGUCCUACUACAGAACACAGGCAGAGAUGGCUCAUACGUGCCGUGGAACAAUAAACCUGGCCACAGCGCACAUCGACACAGAGGAUGCCUGCAAUAUUGUGCUGAGCAGCGGCGGUCGCACCUACCAUCUGAAGGCGAGCACUGAAGUGGAGCGGCAGAGAUGGGUCACAGCGCUGGAGCUGGCCAAAGCUAAAGCCAUCCGCAUGAUGAACGAUCAGUCUGAUGACUCGGGGGAUGAGGAGCCCACAUCCCAGUCGGAUCGCAGCGAGAUCCAGGGCACCCUGAAGAUACUUGUCAGCAAGCUUGAUGACCUCAGCACAUGUAAUGACCUGAUCGCCAAGCAUGGAGCCGCCCUGCAGCGUUCCCUCAGCGAACUCGAAGGCCUGAAAGUCCCUCUGGAGGGAGGGGAGAAGAUCAAGGCAGUCAACGAGCGAGCCACACUUUUCCGCAUCACUUCCAAUGCUAUGAUCAAUGCGUGUCGAGACUUUCUGGACCUAGCWGAGACUCACAGCAGGAGGUGGCAGCGGGCGCUGCAGUAUGAGCGAGAGCAGCGUACCCACCUAGAGGAGACCAUAGAGCAGCUCGCCAAACAGCAUAACAGCCUGGAGCGAGCGUGGAGGGAAGCACCCACGCACGCUUCCAGCACUCCCAGUGCCCCAACGAUCAACCAGGGCAAAGAAAGGGUGAACAAAGAAGAGGCAAGUGAUGAAGAUGAGGAUACAGAGUACUUUGAUGCCAUGGAGGAUUCCCCUGCAUUUAUCACAGUGACUGCCAGUGAAAGCACACAGCACAGGCGAUCUCAGAGCAAUUUGAGUGGAGCAAGCGGAGGCCAGGCCAGCGACUGGAACCAGGACGACCCUAUGUCUCCAAGCUGUAACGAUGUAUCAGGAAAGGAGCUGCAACCUCGCAGACAAAGGCGGACUCAUAUCCCAGACAAGCCCAAUUAUUCCCUCAAUUUAUGGAGCAUCAUGAAGAACUGCAUCGGCAAAGAGCUCUCUAAAAUCCCCAUGCCUGUAAACUUCAACGAGCCGCUGUCGAUGCUGCAGCGUCUUUCCGAGGACCUGGAGUAUCACGAGCUGCUAGACAAGGCGGCGCGCUGCGAAUCRUCUCUGGAGCAGAUGUGCCUUGUCGCCGCCUUCUCCGUCUCGUCCUACUCCACCACGGUCCACCGGACAGCCAAGCCCUUCAACCCGCUACUGGGAGAGACCUAUGAGCUCGAUCGCCUGGAGGAAUUUGGCUACCGCUCACUGUGUGAGCAGGUGAGCCAUCACCCCCCUGCAGCUGCACAUCAUGUGAUUUCCCAAAGAGGCUGGACCUUGUGGCAGGAAAUCACCAUUGCCAGCAAGUUCCGUGGCAAAUACCUCUCCAUUAUGCCUCUGGGUGCCAUUCACCUGCAGUUCCACUCCAGUGGGAACCACUAUGUGUGGAGAAAAGUCACCUCCACGGUGCACAACAUCAUUGUGGGCAAACUCUGGAUUGACCAGUCGGGGGACAUAGAGAUUGUGAAUCACAAGACAAAGGAAACCUGCCAGCUCAAGUUCUCACCGUACAGUUAUUUCUCCAGAGAUGUUCCACGAAAGGUGACGGGUGUGGUGGCAGACAGUGGGGGCCAGGCUCAUUACAUCCUCUCUGGUACAUGGGAUGACAAAAUGGAAAGCGCCAAGAUUAUUCAGAGCAGUCGAGGGGGCAGCGGAUCAGAAGGAAAACAGAAGACUGUCUAUCAAACUUUGUCCCCCAAACUCCUAUGGAAGAAAUACCCUUUACCGGAAAAUGCAGAGAACAUGUACUACUUCUCAGCUUUGGCUCUGACUCUGAAUGAGCUGGAAGACGGUGUGGCGUUGACGGACAGCCGUCUGCGACCAGACCAGAGGCUGAUGGAGGAGGGCCGGUGGGACGAAGCCAACUCAGAGAAACAGAGGCUGGAAGAGAAACAGAGAGCGGCGAGAAGGAAGAGGGAAGCAGAAGCCACGGACGCCCUGGAUGAAGGUAGAGAAUACGAAGGCUACCAGCCGCUGUGGUUCCAUCAGAGAAGGAACUCGGUUACUGGAGAGACAAACUUUGUCUACAAGGGAGGUUACUGGGAGACAAAGGAGAGACAGGACUGGAGCAUGUGUCCUGACAUCUACUAACCCAGGAGCUCGUCUCAGAUCACACCAACCUCAUCGGACAGGGAACCACUCGGUCUCUGGUCUGCAGGCUGUGGAACAUAGCUGGUUUAUGAGCACCACAUGGACCUCUGAGGGCAUGAGAGUGUGUGUGUGUUUGUGUUUCACACAGUCUCAGAUUACACAGUACCUCCAAAUAUCUUUUUGUUUUUACUUUGGAGAAAUAAAAGGCAGGGCGUUCCUUGAGCAGUCUUAAAUAAAGGCGCCUGCACAGUCCUGAUGCUCUGGUGCUCCUGCAAAUGAUACCCACAAUGCACUUUCCUGAGUUUACUCCAUUACAGAACUUUAUUUUGAAACUCUUGUCAAAACAGCUCCAUGAUUAGACUAAAACCACCAAAAGCCACAUGGAAACACAACAGUGUUGAACGCACGUGGAAUUUUAUUCAUAGCUGCUAAACACACAGCUUCAGUUUCAGUUCAGUGAAACUCAGAUUAAUCCAGGUUUUAUGUACUGUAUAAAAUUCAUUAGCUUCUUAUUUUGUUUUWAUGGAAAUGACUAUUUCUAAUGUUUCCCAAAGAAGGAAAGAGGCUAAAAUUCAGAUUUUUUUUUCUUUAAAAAAAACCCUUUUAAACUAAAUUAUUACAUGUAGGCCCAACAUCUUUAUUAUAUGCUAAUGCUAAAUGUAAAAACAUACAACUGAGAAGUUUUUAUAAAAAGGUGAUCAUUAGGAAAAAAUGUAUUUUGCAAAAGAAAAUAUUGAUUUAAACAAACAAAACCUGAAUACUUUUCAAUCUGCUACUAUUUGUUUUUAUUUAUUUUAAGUGGUUGGAAAAAUAAUCAAAAUGACCAAAAACUGAGCUGGUUUAGAGUAUCUAAAAUAUUCUACAAAUUGAUAUUUGCUUUACAAAUUCUGUGCAUUUCAAUUUUUUAUUUGAUUUUCAACACUUUAUUGACUGUGGAGUGGAGACCAUGUUUAAUCAGGCUGAUGAUCUCUAAUUAUACAGCAGCAGCUGCUUCAUCAAAACUAAUGAAACAUGGCAGAAAUUGAUUUUUAUCUGGGUUUUAUUACUUUUAUCUUAAUUGUUUGCUGACAUGUGAUUAUUCUCUGUAGUCCACAUGGUAAAUGACUUCUUACAGUUUGUGUGUUGAAUCUAAGUCGCCUCAUAAUCCAUACAGAUGAUCCUGAGUUAGUUUCAGGAGUUUAACUGAGAGGAGAAGAAACUCAAGCAACCUAAACAAAAGGAUGUUUACACCACUUUAACUUGUGUUCUGAGCAGUUUUUACUCUGAACAUUCACUGCACCUUGUUCUUUUCUAUUAGCAACAUGCUUGAUUGGCACUUUUCCUGCAGUCAUCAUCACUGAUUGUCUGCACAGAAAUAAAAUGGUCUGCGUCUCAUCUCAGAAACAUUCAUUAUUACCUCCCGGUGCAGCCAGCACCAUGUUGGUUUCUGUAGUGGUUCUUUAAAAUCUUCAUCACUUAUUAGAAACUCUAUAACAGUUCCUCUGUAUGUGAGCCUGGAUCCGGCCCACUGAGGUCUGAGCUGGAUUUCUGCGGAGGUCAAAGUUUAUAGAGAAGCAGACAGGGCUGGUUCCUGUAGCACCCCACUGAGCAGUCAGCUCCUCCCACCUCACCACAGCUCCCCUCACUGUUUGUGAACAACGCUGGUCUGGGAUCAGCUCAGUCUUUCGCCUUCACCUGACUGUACAAGGGAACGAGUCCCCUGACCUGUGCACUACGAGUCUACGGUGAUGAGUUUUAAAAACAAAUUAGUAUUUUUUUGUAAUUGUUAGGAAUGUAAAACAAGUACUGUCRACCUUCUAGUUGAUUUGUGUGAAUAUUUUGUGAUAAAACACUGAUAGUGAAAAUUAAAAUGAAUACUAAUCUAUGGAUAAAGUUAUCUGUAACAGAAAAGACUGAGUGAAACUAAAGGUUUUGCUUGGAAUUGAAUUUUUAUUUUUGGCUGAUUCUUAAAAAAGUUAACCAUAAAGCGCCUGUGAUUUGGCCAAAAAUGAUCAGAACAUCUUUGAAAUGCAUUUUGAAAGUUUUUUGUUCAUUCUUUUUUUUAAUAAUUUUUUUCAGAGUGAAAAGUUUCCGUUUGAAAAUGUGAGCUUUAAUCUGAGUUUAUCAGAUGGUUUCAGAGUGAAAUGAAUGAUCUGUUUGUUUUUUGCACACAAAGAUGCUUAAUUUCCCAUUUUAUAUUUGCUGUUUAAAUUCAUAUUUGAUUUAAAUUGGUCAAACUGUAUGAUCACUUACAAUGUCAAUUUGUUUUCAAAUUGUUUAUCUAAAAUAAACCAAAUAAAAUGGAUAUAAWUAUCUGAUUAGAGCCGUAACUCUUAAAUCUGUUAGGUGCAGCUGUUUAGUUUGACACAAAAACAGGAAAAAGACUGUCCCAAAAGUUAAAAUCCUCAUUACAUAGUUAUUAACUUGAUUAACAAUGUUUGGCCCUUAAAUCCCUCUAAAAUCUCACAAUUAAAAAAAUAAUGCAGAUAGUUACACUUUAAUGCUUUUCUGCUCAUUUUUACAUUAUCACACUCGAGCAAAAAUAAGGGGUGAUGUGUUUAAAUGAGUGUCAACUAGAAAUAGAAAUGUAAAUAUGACUUUUUGUCAGUAUUUUUUAUAAAUAUUAUUUUAAGAAAUAUGCAACCAGAACUAUAUCCUAUGUCAAAAACAAAAAUUUGUUUUUAAUUUUUAACUUUAAGGUGCCCCCCUAAAAAUACUUUUACUGUAGUAAAAUGAAGUAUACAAUAUUUAGUGUUUUCUCUCCCUAACAGGUAAUUUAAGUGUUCCACCUUUUGAGGAUGAAAAGAAGUUUCCCAUUUAAACUUUUAUUUAUUGAUACUCAAAGCUGCUUGCUUUACUGUACUUUAAAAUUGAAGAGUAAAACCAGUUUUUGUAAAAAAUAAAAUAAAAUAAAUAAAAACUGAUCCUCAGCUCCACACAUCACAGCGACGGUUUGUCUAAAAACGACUUGCAUUUUCUUCCUGAACGAGUUCUGCUCWGUUUUACUUUAGUUUCUUCAUCAGAACAAAACGAAUGAAGAUGGAAGUUUUUGUUUUGUUGCAUUUAAACUGAACCCUGUUUGUGAACUGUGAUCCAUAGUUUUACAGCAAGGAAGUGAUGACUUUUAUUGUCAGUAUGAUGGUUGAAGUGGCAGCAGUGACCUGGUACAGAAAAAAAUAGUGAUGGAUCUGCCUUCACUCCUCAGAUCUACACUAAUAGAUUCAGGUGUAACUGCAAAUUAAAAUAAAAAUUGUCUUUUUUAUUAUAAA